AGACAGACAAGGCCCUGCUGUAAUUUAUAAGUAACCUACAAACAUAUGGAACUGAAGUUACGCUUGUCCCACAAACAUCUGUGAAACAUUUGUUCUCUCUCACAUAGGAUUUCCUCAUUCAACUCUGUGCCGCCACCCUGGGCGUGUAAAACAAAACAGUAACCAGCGCUCAGUGCUGUGAGGAGCUUCUUUUGUGCUGUUGCACCAAAACAGUUUCUUUGCGGUGGAUUUAAAGUAAUUCUCCGAGUAUUAUGGAUGCUCGAGGAGUUUUCUUGAUGUUUUGCCUUCUCCUGCUGGCACGCCACACAUUCCAGCAGACGCCUUCAACAAAACGAAAUGGCAAGAAAGACUCUGCAAACAGUGCUGCGAUUGAGGAGCUAAAGAAACAGAUUACUGUCAUUGUUCAAGAGCUGAAUUUGCUGAAAGAGCAGCAAGCUUUACACACAGUUUGUCUCCGAGGCACUAAGGUCCUCGGCAAGUGUUUCCUGGCUGACCCAGUGAAAAAGACCUUCCACGCCGCCAGUGAGGACUGCAUUGCCAAGGGAGGCAGUCUGAGCACUCCUGUGACAGGAGACGAGAACGACCAGCUCUACAGCUACGUGCGUCAGAGCAUCGGCCCCGAGGAGCCCAUCUGGCUGGGCAUCAACGACAUGGUGACCGAAGGCCAGUGGGUGGACCAAUCAGGCUCCAGCGUGCGCUUCAAGAACUGGGAGACAGAGAUCACCCUGCAGCCAGAUGGAGGUCGCAGCCAGAACUGUGGCCUCCUCUCCACCACAGCCAACGGGAAGUGGUUUGAUGAGAGCUGCAGGGCUCAAAAGGCUUCUGUGUGUGAGUUCAACAUUGUCUGAGGGCUGUUAUCUGACAUUAACAUCAAUCUGGGCAGAUAAACAUGCAUGUAAACAUCAAAUGCUGCUUGCAAAAAAAGAACGAAUCAUGUAGAGUAUCAGAUAUGCAACUUAUUGAGACAUAAGUAUAUCAUCUUUUCUUGAGCUUACUUUUUCUUGACCAAGCCAUUCAGAUGUGCAUUUACUUCACACAGGGUCUGGGAUACAGUAUGUCAUUGUAUAAGCUAAACAUUUUGCACACAUUCAAUAAACUUGUUUUCUCACAUACGUCA